AUGGCGGAUAGUCGUUGCUGGAGACUGAAUAUGAACCAGCGUUGUCAGCAGAGCUCCUACUACUCGCAGAGAAGGCGCCAUGUUGUCUCCCUGGCGCCUGGCCCGUCUGGAAGGCCUCUGCCGCCCUCCGCCAACUCACUCGUCGAUCGCGAUGGAGGCGCCCUCGCCACUGGCUACGAGGAUUCGCUCCCCGGAAAUUCGGAGAUAUACAAGGCGCAUGUCGGAUUGCAUGACGUUAAACGUUUUUUUGAUUUAGUUUAUGGUGUUGGACGUUUUUAUACAUAGAGUAAAGGAUAGCAAUAUCUCAAUUAAUAAUUGGUUUAAGAUAUUUAACAAACUGAAGUUUGCCAUUUCCAUCAACUGUUUUCAUUACUGUCUCAGAUCAAUAGGUCACAGUUGGACAGGAAGACAGUAAGUUAAUGUCUAAAGUAACGUCUAAAAUAUGGAUACUAAACAUAAAGAAGAAGAUUUACGUGUUUUAAG